UAUUCGGUAUAGAAUGUAUGAAUUCAAAAUAUGCAGUGGAACAUUGUGAAAUUUGAUGAAAUUGACGAACACUAAGAUCAUGUGACAUGAUUGGACCAAUCACAGAGUUCGAACUUUCAAAGGAUUUUUCACCACUCAAACCCGUUGGAGUAGCUGCGUAGCCAUUGCUGUUUGUGGAGUGUGCGAUCGUUAGUUUAUAGAUCUGAAAUCAUCAUGGGCAUCGAAAAGACUCCAGCUCUGCAAGGCACCACGAAAUCGUCUCCAAACUCCAGUGCAGGGUACUAACAUAAUUCUUGUCAAAUAUAUAGACCUAAUGUGAAGUUCUGAGUUUUUAUCAGUGAGUGGGUUCCCCAGUCCCAGGGAAGACGGCCAUAAUAACUUCAAGCAAAAGCUUCGGGAGAGGCGUAGUGUAUUGUUUUGCAAAAUUUGCCAUUGAAAUCCAUCUCCAACAUAAAGAUUUUGAUUACGAGAUGCACAGUGACACUAAGGAUGAGUAGCCCCACCUGUCACUGUAUAUGCCGAACUGAGGGGAUUGUGAAUGAUGGCCAUAUACCAACAAUUUGGCUCCAUUAUUCAUGAAGCUUAGCACCAUUUUAUGUAUAUAGCAGAUAGGAGUGAGCACGAAAUGCAGCAAGUUGAGCCCAUAUCCCAGAAUAACACAGGUUCAAGUCUGGACAGUUGGUGGGGAGGCACAGCACAAAAUUGCCAAAAGUCACCAGAAUCUGCUACUAAGGACAGGGAGAACAGGCUGUGUGCAAUGAAUAAGGAGACGGGAGGAAAGCUAGAAGUAAGGGAACCGCCCCCACGGGAAGAGCCUCACGUAGAGCCUAUUAAUGGGGUGGUGCAACCACCUGUGGUCCCACAGCCGGACCGUCCAGGCCGUGUCACCAAUCAGAUCCAGUUCUUGCAGAAGUUUGUCCUGAAGCCAUUGUGGAAACAUCAGUUUGCUUGGCCCUUUCACCAGCCAGUGGAUGCCAAGAAAUUGAACUUGCCUGAUUAUCAUAAAAUUAUUAAACAACCAAUGGAUCUUGGUACAAUAAAGAAACGUUUGGAAAACAACUAUUAUUGGAGUGCCAAGGAAUGCAUUCAGGAUUUAAACACGAUGUUCACAAAUUGCUAUGUAUACAACAAGCCUGGUGAGGAUGUUGUUGUCAUGGCGCAGACCUUGGAGAAAUUGUUCCUCACAAAGGUGGCUGGCAUGUUCAAAGAAGAGGUUGAGCUGGACCCACCUCCUCCAAAAGGUCCAAAGGGGAAGAAAGGCCGCAGCAACUUGGGGGGUUCAGGUAGUGGGCAACGUGGACGCCCAUCAUCCAGUAGCAGCAGCAGCGGUGGUGGUGGUGGUGGUGGUGGUGGUGCAGUGACAUCGAGUGUCCCCAAUGCUGUUGGCGCAUCUCCUAGCUCAGUGGUUCAGUCAUCCCCCGCAGCUCCUAUUGCCACGACGACGGGUUCUGGUCACCUCCCUCUUGGCACGCAGCCUCCGACCACAGUGCCGGGGAGUACUGCCACCACCACUGUUCCCACUCCUGGAUCUGGGUCCCUUUCACAUGGCACACACAAUUCACUCCCACAACAGCCCUAUUGGAAGAAGUCCACUGGAAUGAAGUUGGGUGACCAUGGGGACAAGGGAAUGGAUCCAGCACACAAAAUCCAACGGUUGGGGAGUCGAUGGUCCAAAAAUGUUGCUCCACCAACAGGAGGCUAUCAUGCGCAGCCAGCCCUUAUGUCACAGACAGUGGAUGGCCAGCCACCUCCUGCAGGCACAGUACAUAGUCAGAGUGUGCCACCCCCAGUCAUACCUCCUGCUCAGCCUGCCAAGGUGAAAAAGGGGGUGAAAAGAAAGGCUGACACUACAACACCAACUGCAAAUUCUUUUGACCCACCAUUUACACCUAUGGAAUCAAAAUCUGCCAAGAUCUCAACACGGAGAGAGUCAGGACGACAGAUUAAGAAGCCUCAACGGCAGACGGAGGAUGGUCUCCCAUUCCACCAGGCAGCACUACCCCUCAUGUCCUCUGGGCUGAGCAGCCAGCCUCCGCCCAGUGGUGGAAAACCGAAGGACAAGUUAAAUGAUUCUCUUAAAGCGUGCAAUGAAAUCCUAAAGGAACUCUUCUCCAAGAAGCAUUCGGGUUACGCGUGGCCCUUUUAUAAGCCGGUGGAUGCGGAACUUCUGGGGUUACACGAUUACCAUGACAUCAUCAAGAAACCCAUGGAUCUCGGAACAGUAAAGCAAAAGAUGGAUAGCCGGGAAUACAAGACAGCUGGGGAGUUUGCAGCAGAUGUGAGAUUAAUAUUCACAAACUGCUACAAGUACAACCCUCCUGACCAUGAUGUGGUGGCUAUGGCGCGGAAGCUGCAGGAUGUGUUUGAGAUGAGGUAUGCAAAAAUACCUGAUGAGCCUCUGGGUGGAGCCAUGGCUCUGGAGAAGUCCACCACAUCCAGCACAUCAGGGUCAGAAUCAAGUACAAGUUCCGACUCUGAGUCAGAUGAUUCUGAAGCAGAGCGUGUGCGGAAACUGGCUCUCCUCCAGGAACAGCUGAAGGCCAUGCAGGAUCAGAUGAGAAAGUUGGUAGAAGAAAGUACAGUGAAACGAGGCAAGAAGAAGAAAGAGGAAAAGGAGAAAAAGAAGAAGAAGAAACCAGAGAAACAUUUAAGUAGUGUGAAAGAAGUGCGUUCUUCAGUGGUGAAUGACACUGUAGGUGCUAGCAUUGCGAGUGUUGCAUUAGGGGCAGGGGAUGUAAAGCUGCCAACAGACUUGCAUCAUAAUGUGAGUGCAAAACAAUCUGGUGGUGCUCAUCAUGCUGCCCUGGCAGGCCCUCCCGCACAGCCAGCUGCCACCACCACCACCACUGGUGCAAAGAACACUAAAAACAAAACAGCUCGAGGUGCUGGAAAAGCAGCAGGGGCAAAUACACAACCCAAGCGGCCUAAAGCCAAUUCAAGGUCGGCUGGCAGUAAGAAGAAGAACUCUGUGGUACCGCCACCAAUGCAGUUUGAUUCAGAGGAUGAGGACAAUGCCAAGCCCAUGUCAUACGAUGAGAAGAGGCAGCUCAGCCUUGAUAUUAAUAAACUGCCAGGUGACAAACUAGGAAGAGUGGUGCACAUCAUUCAGUCUCGAGAACCUUCUUUGAGGGAUUCGAACCCAGAUGAGAUUGAGAUUGAUUUUGAGACGCUGAAGCCAUCAACACUACGGGAACUGGAGUCGUAUGUUGCAUCCUGUCUUAGGAAAAAGCCACGUAAGCCAUACUACAAGAAACUUCCGGGAAAAUCAAAAGAUGAGCAGAUGGCUGAGAAGAAGCAGGAGCUGGAGAAGAGGUUGCAGGAUGUGACAGGACAGCUUGGGUCAGCAAAGAAACCUCCCAAGAAAGAAGAGAGCAAGUCUGUGGAUGUGGGCGGCACCUCCCGGCUCUCAGCCUCCAGUUCCAGCAGUUCAGACACAGACUCCAGUAGUUCCAGCCUCUCUAGCAGUUCAUCUGACUCGAGUGACUCUGAAGCAGGUCGAACAGGGAAGCCACCACGCAAGAGAAACAAGAAGAACAACCAUCAAACUCAGAAGGCACCAGGAGUGGUGAUACCCUCAGUUUCAACAGUGGCUCCAGUCUCAGGUCCCAUGCCAUCACUUACAUUGGCAUCGGCAGGUCAUAUCAUGAGCAAUGCACAGCAUGUCGGCCGCAAGACUGCGCCAUCUGCCGCUGUGCAUCUGAAGCAGCAGGCUGCGAUAGCUGAGUCAACAGUGACGACAAAGUCCGUGCCAGUGGCAAGUCAUGCUCUGCCUCCUCAGCCUGCCCGGCCAACAGCCACAGCCACCGCAGCUCCUGUCAAGAAAGUCACUCCACCUGCUCCAGCCCCUGCACCACCAAAAGUGAACAUUCCAGCUGUAGAGAAAGCUGCUGAGCCCACCAUCGCCAUGAAGACUGACAGCUUCACUCUUCCAGUAACGAGUACAAACACCAGCACGACAGUGGCACCUGCUGUAGCUUCAACAGUCGCCCUGACUCCUGUCCCUGUGGCCAAUCUCGUGGCCCCUGAGUACAACAGCAAGUCAUCUGUGGUCCCUGUAGAUCCCCUGGCACAAAUGCCUCUGAUAGUGACGACUGCUUCCAGCAUUGUCAGUGCUCCAAUAACUAUGCAUCCAGGCUUUGACAUGUCUAUGCCUGCCUCCCCACCAACUCCACAGCAGCAUUCCAAUAAUGGUUUCCCACACGUUGCCAGUAUUUCGGCCAUGCAACCGAUAAAGACAGAACCAAGCCCACCUCUCGGCGGUUACAACAAUGGCAUGCAGAUGGCAACAGGAGUACCUUCAAUUUUUGAUCCACUCCCAGCAACCACUCUUGCCACUACAGUGAUACCAAGUCAAGUGGUGAAGAAAGAAGAGAAGCCAGUGUUGCCAACUGUCAUGCAACCCACAGCAAAUAAGCCUGUCAGUGAUGGGCUGUUGAACAAUUCCACACCGGUUGAGAAGCAAAUGACUCCUCCAGAAUCAACCAAGACAUCAGCAGCUAACUUUGCAUCAGCUUUCAAAAACAAGCUGUCACCUGUUCUGGAACAGAACGUGAAGAACGCCAGCUCCUGGUCUUCUCUUGCCCAAGCAUCAUCUCCACAGAACACAUCUGGUCCCACUACCUCCUCUCUCAAGUCUACCAUGGACAACAGCUUCCAGGCCUUCAAGAAGCAGGCAAAGGAGAAGAUGGAUCGGCAACGUGCACUGAUUGAACAGCAGGAACUACGCCGUGUCCAGAAAGAGCAGCAGGAGAGAGAGAGGUUGCGUCUCGAGAAUGAGAAACGGAGGGAACGCGAAGAAGAGGAGGCCCUUGAGAAAGCCAGAAAAGCUGCCCAGGAGCAACAGCAGCAGCAGCAGCAGCAGCAGCAACAACAACAACAGCAACAGCAACAGCAGCAACAACAACAACAACAACAACAAUCAAGACAGGAGGAUGCAAAGACAUCGCCACCCCCAGAGAGUGUUAACCCCAGCCAGCAAGUCCCAGAUAAAUCUGCUGCUGAACGUGAACGACAGCGGCUUCGUGAGCAGGAACGCCGUCGAAGAGAAGCAAUGGCUGGACAAAUUGACAUGAACAUGCAGAGUGACCUUAUGGCCGCUUUUGAGGAAUCUUUAUAAUGAAGGCAAAUAUUAACCAGAUAGUUAAGUGGCAAUAUACUUUGUCAAUUGUUUUCAUUUGUGCGAGUGUUGCGAGUGCAUCGUCGGGCGAAUCGUAUGAGGAACACACUUGUACAUUGAGAGGAAUGAACAAACUGCAGUCUUUCGUUUGGAUUACCAAGCAUAUAUUAAUUUAUGUUUCGUGACAUUGAUGUUGGACUGGUGAGGUGGCCUGUGUGUUAGUAGUUUCCAUUUUUUCCUUCGUCAACUAGAUAGUUCGUAUUUUGUAAAUAAGUAGAGAGAAACUGUAAUUUAUUAUUACAUAAAGCUUCACCUCUCCUCAUAAUCAUGUGUGGUUGUUGUCAUCAUUCUGCUGCAUAGAGUGAAAAAGUAAAUGAAAAUUAAUUUUUGGGGUUCUUGUUUUGUUGACUCCAUUUUCACACCGUUGCUCAUAUCGCACAAUGUCUGUGUGGGGACCGAAUCUUGAAUUCACACAUUGGUAUUGUGUCAUAAUUAUCUGUCUGUGUACAGCUCAGUGUUAAAUCUAUUUUUAUAUCCGAGAGUGACAAUUAUUGCUUUACAGUAUAUUUUUAUGAUUAUUUUUUCCAUUAAUUGCCUGACAACUUAAUUUCAACAGAUUAUACAUUCAAUUUCUCCUCCAGUCCACAUGUUUUGUAUGAGAAAUGAGAGAUAUCAGUUGCUGUUGAAUAAACUGUUAUUUUAUUCCUUUUGUGGGUUUUUUUGUGGUGGCGAGGGUGGUACGAUUUGCAGCUGUGUUUUGUAUGUUUGUUGUAUUGAGGUACCAGGAUUAUGAAAAGAACCGUUUUUCCAAAAAUCAGUUUCACAUAGCACGUGUUGUGGCAGAAUGAGAGGUGUUCCCCAGUUAAUCCUCUUUUAAAAAUUAUUUUGUUCCUCAGUAUUGUAGCCAACAAAAGACAUGCAGUAGAGGGUAGGGAUGGCGUACAAGGUCUGGAAACAUGUUGGGUUACAAAGCAAAACAUUGUGUGAUUAUGGGGGAGGUCCCAAGCCUCUUGAUGCAAGUGACAGCCAGGUGCUCAUUCUGUGGUUGUGCGGACGACAUGAUGUGCAAAAGCUGUGCCUCUCUUAUCAAAAGAGUUAGUGUUAGCAGCAAACAUUGAAAUGUUCAUCAACAUUAUCAUAGAAAUUGAGAUGAAUUACUCAUACAAGUCAUCCUUAUAAGUGAACAUGAAAAAAUAAAAUAUAAAUUGUGUGACAUCAGUAUUUCACUGUGCAAGAGGAUGGACCAUUCACUGCAGUAUGUCUGUUACACUGACCUGCAAAAGUUAUGUUGGUGCCAUUUAAACUUGAUGAAUUGCUGCGGCCAGGAUGUUGGUCUGUUAGUGUAUUGUAGGCACACAGACCAGUUUGUGAAUUGUUUUAUUUUGUGAGAUUUUCUUCUGCUGUGAAUUGUUUUUCUAGUGUGAGGGAGUUCACAUUUUUGUCUCGGUGACUGCAUAAAAAAUCAUUGAACAGAGAACAACUUGCAUCAUUCCAGAAUUUAAGAAGUUAGUAUUAACUCUUCGUACUUGGACAAGACUACAUAUAUUAUUUUGUGCGUGCAUUCCAGGAAAACUGUGUUUGUUACUUCAGUUUUCAAGUUGUGUUUAUCUGAGUUCCUGAAAUACGUGCACAGUCUGGAUAUGGGCAGACAGGCACACUGUCCAGAGUAUCAUCAUUUGUUUGUGUUUUGAAGAAGACUGUUGACACCAGGUGGGUCACAGAUGGUCAGGGGCAUGCAGACCUGGGCCUUGUGAUUAUUUUUUCUCAAUUUUAUGGAAUAGGUUACAAUUUAAAUUAAUUUUGAUUUUGUAAGAGGAUAAAAUUGAGGGUGUGCUGUGAGACAGCCUGAGAAGUUGCACACUCCUGACCAAACGAGCACGUGGACCAGCAGUGCGCUCCGGUCUGUGCUGUCACUUGUUCCUGGAGAUGUACCAGAAGACAGACAUUUGACUAUUCUUGCCAAAUGCAUGUUAUGUGAAAAUGACGUGAGAAAGGAAUGAGCACUUGCCCACAGCAAUAGAAACGAGUGUGUGCGUGGUGAUGCAAAAGACAGUUCUUGGGAUAGUGAACAGUCUAGUGCUGGUUGGCUUCAGGGCCCAUAUUUCACUGUAGCAAAAUGAUGGCUUCAACUCACCAACCCAGUAAACCAGGGACUGUCUCCCUCAUAGCUGCAAAUCAUGUGACUCUGAUAUGUAAAGGCUAAAUAAAAUUGUGUUUGUACUUAGGCUUCAUAAUGGAAUGGUGAUUAAGCAGA